UAGGGAUAGCUGAUAACAUUGAUGCAAAGUAGACAUAUUUUGUGUGGAUUUAAAGUUUAAAUGUGUAGAGAUUUUGGGAUAGAUUUGGGGUGAGAUAAAGCUGACCACUUCAUGGUUCAGUGGUCAAACUGAACUGACCAAAGUCACAAGUGUAUGUUAUGUGUGAACAACUGACAGUGCUUUUUCAUUAGUGUGUACAAAACUGAUUGAAUGAAAAGACAUUAGUCUGUGUAUAUUUUACAGUGUACAGUGGAAAGGAUAUUUAAACCUUUUGAGAUUUUAGUUUGAUUUGUUUUACAAAAGAGAAAUAUGUAGGAAAUUUUAUCAGAAGUUUUAUGUCAGUUGAGCUGUGUGCCUCAAAACAAAACAAUCGAAGUACAUUGUUGGCUACUUGGAAAUUUGUAAAUAUAAUGUAAAAUGUUGUACAGCAUUGUGAGUCCCGACUCUACACAGACGGACACGGAAAAACAGGAUGUUAUUGAUGCCAAGAAAAAUAUAAAUGGAUGUGAUAAACUCAAAGAACUGAUACACAACAAUGAAGAUCAGUUUGAAUUUUGUAAACCUAAUACUACAUCAUUCAGUACGUACCGUGAUCGGACCAGGGAAUCUCAUUCCGUCACGAGCAGCCCGUGCAAACCAAGACUGACUGUUGAUGUGUCUAAGUUCAACCGCAUUGGAACGUGUAAAUCCGUAAAGAGGUCCAGGGAUUACGAUAGUCCAGUGUCAACUUUAGAAGAGCUGAUGGAGUACCGUGAGGCCCCGGCAAGCCCGUCGGCAUCGUCUGUAACAACGACGUUGUCGCUAGAGAAUUGCGGGUCACCGGGGACACCAAACUCCCCGCCCCCGCAGGAACCUCAGGAGAUGGAUGAUGAACGACUGCCCAAUGAACUGCUUGAUGAGCUGUGUGAGGAUAUUGGUAUGAAGGAGGGGAUGGAGUUGGAUUUUGUCGAGUUCUUAAUGGAACAAGAUAUGGGAGAUCCUCAACAAUACAUGACUCCCGAGGCACUCCGCUCUUCCGGCUUUCCAACUCCGACCAACCAGUCACAGGCUAAUAGUGCUUUAAAUACACCAACUAACAAAAGUACAAGUGAUAGUAACUGGGGAAAUAGGAACUGUGGCUCCCCGUCAUAUUCAAUUGCCUCAAGUACAAAUGUAACUAUAGCAACGUCAAGUGGUUCUAGUAGCCCGGUGAGCAAGAGAUUUCAUAUGUCAAAUUCUGGGCCACCAAGCCCGCCACCAUUGACUCAUAUGAGCAGUAACCAUGUGUUUAAAGCACCUCAGACUCCUCCUACUCCACGGAGACCGAUACCAACAUCACAAGGUGCCAUGUCUCCCAGAUCAAACCUGUCUGUAAGCUCAAACCAAAGUUCCCAUAGUGAUCACAGUAGUCAUAGCAACCAUUCUAGUGUACAUAGCAACAAUAAUCAAAAUGUGCCACAAAGGUGUUAUUCACCCCGAACUGUUGGUGGUGGUGCACCAUCUCCACAGAUGCCUCAUAGUACUACUGGUGUUCAGGGGUAUAAUAAGCCACCUCCUCAGUAUGGGCAAUAUCAAGGUCAAAAUCAAGGUCAUAGUGCACAGAAGACACCUAUGGCUCAGCAGUACCAGCGACUCGGUAGACCGGUUCCACCAAAUGUUAAUGUGCAAAAUUUUCAACCGCAGCAGCAAAACAAAUAUAUGUCACCUGCUGCUAGCCAAGGAAACAUGGCAAACCAGUCUUGUGCUAUGAAUAAUUCUGGUAACCUUGGCAACAUGAAUAUGCAAGGUCAAACAAUGAACUCUCAGUUUAGCCGUCCAGUUGAUUCACCUUUAGAUCAGGGAUAUUUUACGUCUUCGGACACCAUGAGUACACGGAGUUUGGACUCUGCCACAUCGACAGUGCCCUCUAGUGUUUCAAAUCAUAUGCAUCCGGUGAACUCGCAACAAAAAGUGACAAUGGGUGCAACUCCACAAAAGUCAGUACACUUUGCUGAAAAUAGUGCUAAUUGUGCAAGGCAAAAUGGUGGCUUGCCAUAUGAACCGUGUUAUAGAACUAAUGUACCGGAUUGUGAAUUAGAAGAAUAUAGAAACAGUAUUCAGAAAAUGCAUUCGAAAAUGAUGCCUCGAUUAAAUCACCAUGUCAAACCAGAGACUGCUCCAUACACAGUGCCUAAUAAUAAUGGCCAAACAAAUAUGAACCCUUUCGAAUACUCAAAUAGUUCUAAUAAUAUUCAACAGUUUGACUUCCAACAGAAGUCUUCCAGCAAUAACUUUGGUAUGGAUAAUAAUCAGAACCUAGUAAUGCCAGCGUAUAAUGAAAAUAUUUCAAGUCAGUCGAACAUGUCUAACAUGAAUUGUCAAAUGCCAAAUGGCCCAAUGGGCCCCAUGCAACAACCUCAGAUGGACACAUAUAGGGGCCAGACUGCUUGUCAGAUGCAGGACCCUUCAAAAGGGUCUAGUAUGUAUGACCCAGUUAAUAUGCAGAAUACUAUGGUGAAAAAUUCAAACUGUCAAUAUUCUGGUCCGUCUCAGGGUAAUAUGAACGAGAACUGUGGCAUGAUGGGAAUGAACCAAGGGGUUAUGGGUAAUGUUAGUCAAAAUAUGAAUUAUGCAAAUGGUCAGAACUUUCAGGGAAUGGGGCCGAAUUCUCAAAAUGGCUACCAAGGUCAAAGGUCAAUGCACAUGAAUAUGUCAUCUGCUGCAGGAAACAGUGGAAUGAUGGGAUACGAUCCGCAGUUUGAACAAAAUCGUGCAAUGCCCAGUAAUAUGAACAUGAACAAUAUGGAGAAUCAAAUGUUUCCGCACACUCAGGGAUCUAACAUGAAUGACAAUAUAGGUUGGAACGGGGGUAUGCCCCAGACUCCACAGCAACCCCAUCAGAUGGGGGCAGCCCCUCAGUCUGCACCAAUGGGUAUGCAAGGUCAGGGUAUGGGAAUGGGUCAAGGUCAGUGUGGACAGUUAUCUGGUGUUCCGUGUGCAAUACCAAACUGUAAUAAUUGCAAAAAUGCGUCAUCUCCAAAUCGACCGCCUAUGAUGGCAUCACAACAGAGAUUUAUUCAGCAUUUAAUCACAGACAGAUCUAACGCAUUCAGAUCUCAUCCUUUAUUCCCGCUACUCAGAGACCUUAUUAUAGCGGACAUGAAUUUUAGUACGCCAAAUUUCCCUUAUCAGCUUAUUUCGAAUUUGCCAGCGGACUUCGAUAAGUUGUUGCAAAAUUUCUUACAUCGGAACCCGCCGGCAGGAAACUACCAGACAAAUUUCGCAGUGGAAAGUGUUGUGAUGGAUGCUUUAAAAUAUGCACAUCAUUGCUUGAUAGAAAAAAUUCGUCAAAAGCAAGACCAGGACACGGACAAACACAGCAAAUCUACUUCAAAAUCUCUCAGCGCUAUCGAAGAAUUCUGUGAAAAAUUUGACCAAUCAGUGCGCAAAAGCUAUAUUAAGCCAGCUACGCUUCAUGUUGGAGGUGGGGUAGGACCAGGUAACCCUGGAAACAUGCCAAAUGGACCUCAGAUGGGCCCAAUGGGUCCUCCAGAAAUGGGAACCCCACAGAAAGAUCUCAAGUUCACAAUGGGCAUGGGCAGUAUGAUGAUGCCAGGAGCUAUGUUUAUGUCACCACAAGCCAAGAAGGGUCUGGAAUUUGGUGGGAUGAUGUCUCCAAAUUUCAAAUCGAUGAUAGAUUUCGAGUCAGGUAGCGAGUGUGGUAGUGUAGUCAGCAGCAGUAGCCAUCCGAACAAACCGGAAUCCAAGAAACAUCCAAGUCUACCUAAGGAGGCUGUAGCAAUAAUGCUGGACUGGUUGCGACAACACAAGGACAACCCCUACCCGAAUGACGAUGAGAAAGCCAUGUUGAUAAAACAGACUGGUCUUACCAUUAACCAGAUUAAUUACUGGUUUACAAAUGCAAGAAGAAGAAUCCUGCCAAAAUGGGCACAGCAGUGCAAAACUUGAGACACAGUCUGAACAAUGCAGACUGGUUCAUAACACAGUGUUAGGAGAUAAGAAAUUUCUACACGAAAUUACACAACACAGUUCAGAAAAAGUAAUGGACACCAUUUGAACUGAAGCUAAAAGCAUCUUGUCAACAAAUAGCCAUUCCUGGGCUUUUUGGUGCUAAUUUGGAGAAAACCCCUUUUAAAAAGGGUAACUACUGAGUAAUUCUUACAGACCUAUUAGUAUGUUUUUGCUUAGAAGAAAAAUGUGAUAGUUGUUUGCCUUUUUCCAGUAGCAGCAAAGGAAAAAUAACAAGAUCUCAUUUUGAUAUCCUCCUUGAAGAGUUAAAUAGAUUUCCACUUGCCUAUUGGUCAGUAUUCUUUGCCUAAUAAUUUAUUUAGGCAGUAUCAGGCCCUGUAUUUUUUGUGAAAUGUUAAGGGCCAGUUUAAAAAGGUUUUUAAAAUCACCAAUUUCUGGCCUAGUAUUGGUCAUAAGAUUUGAUAUUUCGCAAAAGUAAGGAAAUAUUUGACAGUAAACCCACACAUGACCUUGUGGCUUGAGGUCUCAGCCCAACAACUUACAUUUUUGCAUUAUACAUUCAAGGGAUGUUCUGUUUGUUGGAUAAAGUUGAUAUUAAUUGGAAUGUUGCAUUAUAAAUAAGAAUUUGAAAAGUUGUUUAAAGUUUAUGUUACUUGUUUGUCUGAUGUUAGAAGUACAAUAAAAAUGGGUAAUUUAAUUUUUUCAUGUUUUCACAUUUUGUGAAAACCAGUUUUCCUGUUGAGAAUCACAUCUUAGCUUGACUGUGAUAUGUACGGUGUGAAAUAAUUUAGACGAAAGACAUAUAAUGUAAUCUGGAGAACAAAAAAAAACAAACAUGCCUUCAACUUGUAUAUACAUAAUUAUAGUAGCUAAAUUUUGUACAGCACAAGUGUUUUAUACAACACUGGUUGUGUCAAAUUAUAAUGGAAUGAUUUUGACAACAUGGGAUGUGUUUUGUGACAGAUUUGUUGAGAUUUGUUGUCCUGUAAUGCAAGAUGAAAUUUUUUCUUGUGAGUAAAGGGAGAUAACAAUACGAGUUUGAACACCAAUACUUGCGGGAUUACUUCCCUUUAUGGUCAGAAUGAAAAACCACCAAUAAGCUCUCAGUAUUUGAUCUCGAUUGAAAUGUUACUAAGUAUUUUGCAGUUUUAUGACACUAAGAAGUCUGUCAAACAUACGUUUGAUUCUUGUAAAGUAAGUUAUUUUAAUGUGUACAUAUUUUUUAAAAGUUGACAGUUUGGUUCACAUGUUUCAUAAAUGACUUUAGAGUUGCUUUAGGGGAAAUAUUACAGAAAGAUAAUGAUUUCUUUGAAAGAACAAAGGAUUCUCAUUAAGCUGCUUUUACCAAUAUUCAUGUAUCUAAACUGUGAUCAACUUAACAUUUGGUGGCCAUUUGGCAGUUUCCGGCUUGGAACACUUGAUAUCUCUGAUGGGGAAAAGGUAUCAAAAACAAAUAUUUGAAUUCUAGUGUAUUUGUGUUUCUUUGGCAAAAAAAUCUGUAAUCUUUACAUAAACUAGAAAAGAAAACUUACAAAAGACUUUAUGAAACAUAUGAAGCAAUGAGUUGCAGAGUUAAACCAAUAGUGCUGUAUUUGAGCCAUGCCAUGAGAAAACCAACAUAGUGGGUUUGCGACCAGCAUGGAUUCGCUAUUAGCUUCGCUUAUAGCUUCUCUAAUUGCUAUAGGUUUUGAAAGUGAACAGCAUGGAUCCUGACCAGACUGCGCGAAUGCGCAGACUGGUCAUGUAUCCAUGCUGGUCGCAACCCACUAUGUUGGUUUUCCCAUGGCACGGCUCAUUUUAUUGUGAAAAAUCCUCUAAACCCUUACCUCUGUUUCCAUCAUUUCCAACAAUUCCUCUGAACAUAAAACUUUUUCGCACAUAAAAAUGGCGUCAUUUUUUCAUUGAUUCAUUUUGGGAACAGUAAUGGCAAAAUUUAACCUUUUUCAAAUGCAUGUUAAACAUUUAUAUCAUAAUGCAAUGGUCUAGUGCCUUUUUUUCUGUAACGAGAAAUUCAUCAGUUUUACAUAUAUAUCGAAAAUAUUCUGAUGCAAUAUUUCAUCAUGGCUGUGCCUGUAUUUCUAAAUACAUAUGGUUGUGUCAUAUUUGGUGCCUUUUUCUUGUUUUUGUUCACUUUUUACUGGUUGUAUAAAAGUUUCGGUUAGUGUUAAGGAACGAUUAUUUUUUUACAUCAGUAUUGACAGAAAUUUGUAAAUUUAAGCUUUAUGAAUCAUAAUAUAUGCAGUGAAAAAAACAUUUGUCACCACUAUUGAAUAAAAGGAAGGCGACUGACUUACAGAAAGUUGGAGUUUCUUCUAGUAGGUGCUGGCUUCUUUGUGAAAUAAUGCUUGAAAGGGUCUCUAAUGUUCUUUCUCCACCAUCAAAAUAGCUGGAAAGUUACCUUAUGACUUAAACAAAACAAACAAACGAAAUGAAAUCUGUUUAAGCUUAUGUGCCCUCUAUUUCUCACUGACCUGUAUAUAUUUGUGUGCCAUUUUUGCCUUUUUCACAGAAAGUGCUCUUGCAAUGAAUAAUUUCUCCAUUCUCUUGUUGUAAGUUUGUGCCAUGUAAAAAAUCAUUCUGUUACUAUACAGCAUAAGUGACCUAAAAAUGGAACUUUUUUAAUACUCAGUUUGACAGUGCCUAUUGUGAGAACUAUUUUAAUUGAGCAAAUACAGUUUGAAAGUCUAAAAAUUUAUCUGUACAGUGAAUGUAAAAGAAUGAGCUUUAUUCUAACUUUCACAAAAUUUACAUAGAUGAACAUUGAAACAAUAUUUUUGACAAAGUCUAUCCUGCGUUAAAAAAUCUGUUUUAUUAUUCAGUGAUUGUGGUACAAAUUCUGCUUAACAUAAAUGUGAGACAGUUGUUUGUUAGACCAUGUUAGCUGUACUUUUGCAGAAAAGAAAGGGAGAUAUAUAUAUUAUAGUUAUUAAAGAAGUUAUGAGAUAAGUUAUCUUAUGUUACAAAAGAAACAUAACAUGUUAUCCUCUGUAGUGAAGUGUUGUUUAAGUAAAUGAAAAGACUUUUAAAAGUAUUUAAGUGGUUAGAAAGUAUGUUUGUGAAAGACAAGGUUGUAUAUAAUUGUUAAACUAUUUGUUGUUAGACCAGACACAUGGCUAUAAGCCUUCUGUAUAUAGCCGUUUUAAUGUUUUAAUAUAUUUAACCUCUUUCAUUGAUUUUAAAAAUACAUGUAUCCGACUGCAGUUGAGUUUUUAUUUCUAAUGACUGAUCAUCUCUCGAGGCAAAAUUCAGAUUUAGUUUCAAAUUUUAUUUUUCACUCUGUCUGAUAAAAGGUAUAAUGUUUAUACAUUGAUUGUGAAAUGUUUGUUAGUUCAGUAAAAAAAUUUUUUUUUUUUCAAACAUAAGAAAACAUCUUUAAUUAUAUAAUGUUGAUGGAAUCAUUUGACUGUGUAAAGUAGUGUGGUCCAAUUUUGUUAAAAUUUUACAAGAUUUAGUAACACAAACAAGUAAAAACCAAACAGACAUUGAAUUAGCAACGACACAGUUAAAAGUCCUAUAUUACAAGUUACAUAGAUAGAGUGCUUGCUUACUUUGCUUACGAAGAAUCUACAUAUAUAUAAACCUCUAUCAUUUAGUGAAAUCAAUCAAAUUUUAUUGUAUAUCUGCGGUAAAGGUUGUUUUUACUAGUUUACCAGUAUCAAAAGGACAGUCUUAAAUAUCCAUUAUUUUAUAAUUCAAGACAAUUUUAUGUUUUUUAUCUUAUUUAAAUUGCAAUAUUAUUUUGUUGUAAAAUGAAUGGCCCUUUUAAAAAAUAUCUGGCAUUAGCUUAUGGCAAGAGCAAUUCUAUUUUUAGAAGAUGAACGUAAUACUAUGUCAUUGAUGAAAAUUAUUCAAAUUUUUUAUAAGAGCCGAAAACUCAACACUUCUUUUCAGUGUUGUAAAUAUUUAUUAUUUUAAUUUUUACUGUCAUACAUUCUAUAAGAUUAAUCCUAAUUUUUGCAAGUGUUAGCACACUAUGUAUUUUAUUUUGAAGAAAAGGUAAAUGGAUUUUUCUUAAUUGCAAGCAGAACUAAGCUUUCUUUAAAAAAGUUAGUUUAUCACAGUCAUUGUUCACUUUUCUGCAGCCGUAAAUCGUUGCAUGCCUUGUCCACAUUGCUGCUUUAAUCGUCCUUUCUAAAUACUCUACUUUCUAAACGUUAAUAGGUUUUAUCGAGAUGAUACAUUCUGUAUAUCUUGGACAACGUUCUGUUUUAUACUUUAUUUGUAGUUCAUAGCAGUUUAAAGAACUGCAUGCAGAUUAUUAACAUAUAUUAAGACAAUUUAUGAAACAAAGUUUGAAUGACUGAAAAGUUUAACAUAAAAUAAUGGCAUAUGUGAUGUGUUUUUACCAUGAUUGCAUGCAUAAACAUCUAUACUGACUUGCUUGUAUUUUAUGUCCAUACUUUUUAUCUAUACAAAGAAAAAUUUGCAGAAAUGUACAAAAAAUAAGAUUUUUUCUUUGCUACACCAAGGGUCAAGGUUUUUGAACUAAAUGUGGAGACCAGUCUCAAAAUUUUAGCAUUUGAUUGGUUGGUUUUGACCUUUAUCUUGAAAUUGACCAAUAACAAAGCUGGAUUUCUCAGACUGGUCUGCAGACUCAAGUUUUUAUAACCUUGGACUGAAUUGAUUCUACAAACUUCCUUCUGUCCACAUUCUUCUGUUGUACAAUAGUUUUCUAAUGUAUAUUUACUGAAAAUGCCUUGGCAUGCUUUGUAUUAAGUUUAUUUAGAUACAUUUUUACUUUGAUAUGAUAUGUUUUAAAAGAAAAAGUAAAAAAUAAACAUUAUAGUUUUAUGUAUGAAA